CGUUUGUCGACGACGGGAAGAAACAGCAGAGCUGAGCUGAGACAAAGUUUCUACAACCAAGGUGCAUUUAUUCCUAAAGGAAAAUAACAACAGCAGCAGCUCCAAGGACAAACAGGUUUUUUUGACGCAUCACCAUCCCACCAUGUGCUAAUCUUCUCAGCGUUACUCAAAACAUAGUGAACAACACGUUGAGCGGCCAACCUCAUCAACACUCUUGCACCUGCACCAGCUUCUCUCAUGGCCCACCCUUACGAGCCUUGGUUACGGACAGCACCCCCAAGUGGCAACUCAGAAGACAUGAACAUCCCCUCCUGGUGGGACCUCCACAGGGACGUCCAACCAGGGAGCUGGAUCGACCUGCAGACGGGGCAGGGUGUCGGCUUGCCUUCAGUAAAUCCAGGGAGCUCCAUGGGGUUGCAGCACUCUUUAGGGCCCUACGGCUCCGACCCGCAGCUGUGCACCCUGCCCCCAGCUCAACUCGCUCCAGGCUCACACUCAUCUCACCUCUUCACCCAGGAUGGCUUCAAGAUGGAGCCACUGGCCCCUGAAAUGCUUCAGCAAGAAGCGUACUCCCUAGAGGAACCACAGGAGAACGCUGUCUCCGCCCGCCCGAAGCCCCAGCGCCGCUCCUCCUCCAGAGGAGGUGGCCAGGCUGCGUGUCGCUGCCCUAACUGUGUGCAUGCUGAACAGCUGGGCCAGAGCACUGAUGACAGCAGACGGAAGCACAUGCACAACUGCCACAUCCCUGGCUGCGGCAAAGCUUACGCCAAGACCUCCCAUCUGAAGGCUCACCUGCGAUGGCACAGCGGGGACCGGCCGUUUGUCUGCAACUGGCUCUUCUGCGGCAAAAGAUUUACACGCUCUGAUGAACUGCAGCGCCACCUUCAGACGCACACUGGUGCUAAGAAGUUCAGCUGCGCAUUAUGCCCGAGAGUGUUUAUGCGCAAUGACCACCUGGCCAAGCACAUGCGCACACACGAGUCCCCACCAGGACAUGGGGAGGAGAGGAUAAAUGGAGACGGGAGGCUGGAUAAAGGCUUCGACACACCCACACCUCCUCAGUCAUCCUCAAAUGUGUCUGACAACACAGAGCCUCCGCUGAAGCUGAAAUGUGAGACAGACCCCUCAGUCUCUAGCGUGACAGGGCAGUCCGGCUAAUUUCAUCACUUUCGGAAGCAUUUCUUGCAGUUAAAGGUUUCAUGUUCCCUGUCUGUCAUAGAGGUGUCAUAGUUUUACAAUAGAAUAGAGAAUAGAAAAAAGUUUGGACAAACUUUCCCUGAUGAAAGUCGGAUGGAUCAGAACGUGUUUGUCUGUGGUCCUGUGAAUCUAUCAACUGGGCUAACUCAGUGAUAAUCUAAAUGUUAUAGCACAGAAAAAAGUAAUGGGAAUGAUU